CGAAGUAGAUGUUUGGUUGACAACGAUUUGGGUCUAUUUAUGCUUAUCGUUAAUUCGGUCUGUAGGUCGCGAGUAAUCUAUUAGACAAUGUUAGACAGGUCAGCAACAAAAAAGAUUCCUCAAAUCGAGAAUCCGAAUAAAAAGAAUGUUUACAACGUGCUACUGGUCGGAGAAACGGGAUCGGGAAAGUCGACUCUCAUCAACUAUCUGACCAACUACUUUCGCGGAGGAACACUGAACAAUCUGAAAAUUGCGAUCCCCUCAAAGCACUAUCCUGCUACGGAAGAAUUUGAUCAUCAGGAAAAAGAUCUUCAGGAUCCCACAAAAAGCAAAACCGGAAAAUGUACGUUUUAUAAUUUCUCAUUGAAUGGCAUAGACUACGCCUUCAUUGAUACCCCAGGUCUAAGUGACACAAGUGGACGGGAUAAGGACGCUGAAAACAUAUUGAAAAUCAUGGAAGUUGCUGAGAUGACUGGAACGAUUGCAGCCAUUAUGUUGGUUGUAAAUGGAACUGUGGCUCGAACUACGUCGAACCUGAAAGACACUAUCAACAUGAUGAAAAGUUCUGUGCCAGAUGUUCUGCUCAGUAACCUUGUGGUAGUUCUCACCAACUGCUCUGCAACUAGUGCCAAUUUUCAAUUCAGUGCAUUAAACCCUUGGACAAUUUCGGACAAAAAUAGGUUUUACAUGAACAACAGUGCUUUGAGUACUCCAGUGGAUACUUGGAUUGAUGAUACAGAAAAAUUUGAAGAGAUCGAGUAUGGCUGGAAAAAGUCCAUGAGGACAAUAGAUCAGAUGGUGAAGCAAAUUACUCAGCUGGGUCAUGUGGCAUCUGAUGCAUUCGGUGAAAUGCGCAAAAAGAAAUCUGAUAUAAAAUCGAAGCUCAAUGCCCAAAUAAACGACAUGAGGAAGCUCUAUGGAUUACAAAAUAAACUAACUGAUCUACAGCAUGCAGAAAACAUUGCUUCUAUUUCAGUUUCAUCGUAUUCAAAUUACAAGGCAAAUACCGCAGUAGAAUUUUUGGAACAUGAGCCCACUUCAUAUUCUAAUGUACUUUGCAAAAAUCAUCUUCAUGUUGUUUGCUGUCAUGACUGUGACCGUGGGUCAUUUUGGCCAAUGUCGUUUUGUCAAGCCUUUGCACCUAAAACUACAUGCAAAAGCUGUGGCUGUGGCAUCUCGGUUCAUUUCGACGCCAGAUAUAAACCAGUAAAAGCAACUAAAACAGUUGAAAUGAUACUGCAGGAAACUAAACAACGCUAUGAUGAAAGUAAACAACAGCAGACUACAAUUCAAAACCAAAUAAGCAGCCUCAGUGGAGAUCUUGACCUCCUGAAGAAAGAUCUCGACGCAAAAGCACUGAAAAUUGUCGAUAACUGCAAGGAACUUCAGCAAAUAUGUUCUCAGUUCAAUUUUUCGGACGAGUUAGCAAGCACCAUAGCCGUCAUGAAAACAGACACUGGCUUUGUAACAAAUAUGGAAGUUAAAGCAGAUGCUGUAGCGAGAAUCGACAGAAUUCAAAGUCUCGCGGCAUCCCUCAACGUGAAACCAGGUGGAAGUCGUUAAAAUCGAAAUCAACGACCAGGAUUCUCCCCGCUAUACCUACACUGAAAUAAAUUUUGUUGUAGAAAUUACCGAUUCCAUAGUAAAAUUACUAACCGUAUACGGUAUACCUAUGAUUCUCAACCGACAACAAAAUCUGUUAAGUUCACUAAAACACAGACAAACAGACGUAACACUUGCGAAAUUUCCAUCGACCACGCUUUUAACGAUCAUUUUAAAUCUUCAUAGUUGUGGCUUUCACAACCAGAGGCACGCGCAUCGCUUUUCUAUGCGUUUGACGUUUCACACUAGCGCCUUCUGUUGACGAUAUUGCACAACACAGUGAUUCGUGCAACUUUUCCACCAGGUGAUGGUAGUGUGAACUGGGCGAUGGAUUUCCAUGAAAAUCGUUCAAGGUGUUACGUCUGUUUGUCUGUGACUGAAAUAUGAUUGAAGAAACAAUGCAUUGCAGUACAUUUGACUAAAAGCGUAGUCGCCUCAACAACAAAACAUUGUCAAUAAAAAGAAAGUCGAGUCAAGUACAAGACACUGAAGACGACCUUACAGUUGAGGUCGAAAUACGUAUCUGUCGCAGGAUGCAAAUUCUUAGUGGAAUUCAAAGGAACCGUACUUAACCCGAUUUUCUUUUUAUUUACAGAUAUUCCCCUAACAAGCCCAGGUUAAUCAUCAAAAACAUUGUCAAUUUUUCCUGGACACGCAUCUUACAACACGGUAUGGUUAAAAAUACAAUGCCUAGCUGUUAAAUCUAGAAUAUUUUUGGUAAUGUUAACAGCACUGCUAGCACAAACUUAUUUAAAUGAGUUUGCUGCUAGUUAAAUUGAUAGUGUUUUAGUGGGAUUAACAGGAAAAAGCUGUCGGUUGAGAAUCAUAGGUACGGUUAGUGAUUUUACUAUGGAAUCGAUAGUUUCUGCAACAAAAUUUAUUUCAGUGUACAUACCGACAUAACUCUGCGAUCCACCGUGAAAUGUAGUGAAUAGUGGUUUCUGCUUUUAUUGGUGUUGCGUGUACGUACACGUUGCAUUACACGAACACUACCUGAGUUACUGGUUGAAAAUAGUAAACAAAAAUCAGCUGUUCCCGGCAAAAUCGAAUGGGCAUAUUUUCAACCAGUAAAUUUGCAUUAGUGUUCGUGACGCCGCGCUGCGAAACCACUAUUCGGUGAAAACAACUGCGAUGAAAUGUUUUUUUCCUGAGUUUCAAUACAAUAUUUUCCUGAAAUAAAAAUUAUAGUAUAAUUUGUAAUAAAUCCGAUAUCCCUAAACGACAAUUGGUAAACUCGUGGAUAUUCAGCAAGAUAAUUGCACAAGAAGUGGUGAAAAUUUUGAAAUACUGUAAGCACAAAUAGAUGUCUCAUUUUUCACACCUCCAAUCGUUCCUCUUUUUAACGGUUUAUGGCUAGUUUCCACAUCGUACGUACUGUGCAAAAAGAUAGGACAAGAAAUGAUCAAGUAAUGAUUCCGCUUCAAAAUUACUUGAGCGGUUCGCAGAUGGCAAGUAAGUAGGCCUUUUCCAGACAGUUUUGCGUGAGGUAAAACAGCCUAUUACGAUGAUAAAUUGCCAAAAAUAUAUUUUCCUCCCUGAAU